UUUGAAAAUGAAUCGCCGCGUUUAGAGCAUCUCUAGAAAAAUAGCGAAACGACACAUUCACAAUGUAAAUAAGCAAACUUACUCUUCAUUCUUGUUAUUGUUUGAUUUUUUAAUUGAAUAAUGAAAUUGGCUUUCGUGCUAUUCGCUUUGGUAUUCGCCGCUGCCUUUAUAAAUAUUCAAGCAGUUCCUUUUGGAGAGGAUGCAUUUAGUUUCAGUGAGACUUCAGGAAAUGCUUCUGCUUCCGGCAACGCUUCUGUUAUUCCAUCUUCAACAAAGAUACCCAAACUACAAGUAACCAGUAGUGCUUCAUCGAAGGACAAUGGAAAGGCAGCACAGGUAGACUUUGCUGAUUAUUCAAAGGGAUAUCCUUCUCCAUCUUUUAUGUAUACAUCAACAUUCUCUCCUUAUUCACAAUUUCCUUCCUACCCAUCCUAUCCUUCCUAUCCUUCGUUUAGUAAUGGAGAUCCUUCUUUCAAUGGCUUUGAUAAUAAUGCGGAGUUUGGAGGCUCAGAAAUCUUCUUUUAAUGCCAUGACACACGCAUUCUUUUUUGUGCUUUAGAAAUAAAAAAUUCGUUGUUGUGUUCGCUACUUUGUCAGCUAG